AUGUCGACUCCUCUCACGCAACACGGCGAUCCCUUGGACUCGCAACACCCGUCCACCCCCUCCCGCAUCGAUGGCUCCACGAUUUUCUCGGGCGCGCCGCCCCCGACCUACGCUUCCUUCUCUCCGGCGACGUUGAGUGCGACCACCCCGAGCGCCACCUCAGCGGCCAAGAGGAGGAGCACAAUCCUCGUACACCAGAAGUCGCCGCUCCUUCUUGCGACUCCGCCACAAAUCACGCGCGCCCUCGCAUACAGUCACCCGUUCCUGUUGCCCCUCAACAGGUUGGUCGGCCUGCUGACAUGGACCACGAACGAUCCGUGGGAGAGCUUCCUGCUGGUGACGGCCUUUUGGGCGGCCGUGUUAUACGGGGAUACCGUGGUGCGCGUGGCGGGCCCGCUAGUCCUAGUCCUGGUCUUGAUCGGCGGCAUGUACGGCCGCCGCUUCAGCCCGUUGAGCAGCAGCGGAUGGAGCGAGCCGGGCCUUGGCACGGGCGACGGAACGGCGGUUGUCGCUGAGGCAAAAGGCGCCAAGGCGUCGCGGAGGAGCAAGAACUUGUCGGUGGAUGGGCUGCCGGAGAAGAACGGCAAGGCGGCCAACGGCAGCGCGGGGACAGGGGGCGCGGGCGGCCAUACGAGAAAUAAGGGAUCGAUAUCCGAGGUCACAAACACACGACAUCAGAAGACGCUAGAUGAGAUUGUCGAGACGCUGCGCGAGUUUACAGCGAGGUGCAACAUAUUAUUGGAACCGCUGCUCGAGUUGACCGACUUCCUCAGCACCCAACGCACACCAACGUCGGCCACCACCCGGCCGGCGCUCACCACCCUGUUCGUCCGUAUUUUGCUUUGCAUCCCGGCCUGGAUCCUCCUUACCCUCCCCCCUCUCCGAAUCAUCACUACACGACGGGUGAUCUUGAUUCUGGGGACGAUCCUCCUAACCUGGCACGCUCGUGUCAUCCGCGUAACCCGUGUCAUCCUCUGGCGAAGCGCCAGCCUCCGACGGGUCCUGAGUCUUGUCACCGGCCUUCCUUUCGAAGGUCCCAGCAAGCCCGUACCCACUCCUUUAACCGCAGCAACCAAAUCCGCGACCAGCGCCGCCUCCAAAAAGCCGUCCACCCCGGGCGGCGCCAAGUCACCACGGGAGUCUGAGCUGACAAAGGCCCUCCGCCGAGCCCGCGGCGGCCGCGGCACAGGCGUGCGUUUUACUUUUAUCAUUUACGAAAACCAGCGGCGGUGGGUCGGCAUUGGGUGGACCACCAGUCUGUUCGGGUACGAGCGGCCCGCCUGGACGGACGAGCAUAACAAUGCAGUGCCGCCGCGCGCCGAGUUUGAGCUACCCGAGGUGGAGGAUGGGAGCAACAUGCGCUGGCAAUGGGCCGAGGGGUCCCGGUGGAGGGUAGACGGGGUGCAGGACGAGGCCGUCUCGCCGAUCGAUGAUAAAACGGAAGGCUGGGAUUAUGACGGGCCCGGUGGGAGGAUGGGGUGGGUUUAUUACGACAACAAGUGGCAGAACGGCCGACGCGGUCAAGACGGCUGGGGCCGUUGGACCAGGCGCAGGAAAUGGUACCGCGACGCCGAACUCGUCGAAGCAGACGACGUCAUCGACGAAACCCAACCCUCCGCCAACGGCGCCGCAACCCCAUCAACAACACCCGCGCCCGCCAGCACCCCACGACCCCCCGCGGGCCUCAACCCCACCCCCGCCGUCCCCACCGUCGACCUCACCCCCAGCUCGCCCGACGGCAUGUCCCUCUCCCCACCCUCCUCUCUCGUUAGUCACCACCACCACCACCACCACCACCAGACUACUACCGAGGAGCGCGACGAAGAGCACGACGCGGCCUCGGUCCUCUCCACGUCGAGCGCCCGCUCCGCGCGCUUCACCCUGCGCCGCCGCGUGACCGACUCGUCGCAGCACCGCGGCUCGCGCAGCAGGCGGGCGAGCGUGGCCGCGAGCAGCGAGGACGACGUGGCGGCGCUGGCGCCGCAGACGCGGAUUGCGGUGCAGCAGGAGGGCGGGGCCGAGGCGGGGAGUUGGGGGGUGGGUGAUGAGGUUAGGAUGGGGUUGGAGUGA